AGUUUUAUCUGUUGCAGUUAUUCUCUCUUCCUUCCCCAUCUCUGGGGUCGGUACCAAUCGCGAUCACAACAUUACAAACUCCCCGUAAGGGAAACUCAACCAUUAUGGACCUUCUAAGGUGCUUUAACUGUCACCACAAAAGUCCAUCACACGAGAACUUUUUCAACAUCAGUGAAAUUCACAAAUCGAUAACCACAAAGGAGCGUACCAAACCAGACAUCGACAACGAUGAUAAACAAGAUGGCGGUGACACUUCGGAUUGUGUUCACAUUGUGUGUGCUGAUUGCAUCUACGACAGACCCCAAACUUGUGUGAGUUGCUCAUCUAAGUUUCCUCUAUGUAUGUUCAAAGUCCUGGAGUGGUUUAACCCGAUGGAAAGUCGAAUUUGCAUCGAUUGUUCUGCGUACAGUGAGUCGACUAAGUUACUUCAAGAAGGGUUUAGUUUUCCAGGGCUCGUUCACCAGUGCUUUCGAUGUCAUCGUUUUAAGUAUUUACCAUCAUUUGUUGGCUCAUCCAAGCUUUCAAUGGACGAGGUUCCCCGUGAGUGUAUUGAAUGUCAGCUUAAAGGCGAUAUAGUUCAAUAUAAGAAGCAACUACAUCAGCGUUACGAAACGAAACUUCGUGAGGACCCAGCUCUCGGAAGUGAACACAAAACACAAACUAUGGCGAGUCCCGCUGUUAGAAGUUACGCAUCUGUUGUUACAGAAGGCUCUACGAAUCGAAUUUCUAAUCCGCCAAGCUCAGAAGACAGUCAGAGCGACGAAGACGAAGCUAAGUCAAUAGAAAUUCCGCUUUCACCAGUAACAAAGCUAACAACUUUCAGCGCAAAUUUGAACGAAUUCUUUUGUGAAGUUGUUCUAAAGGCUCUAAAAACCUCAUUCCACCAUCUAGAAGAAAAGACUAGACUAGAACUUAAACUGGCCCAACUCGAUCCAGAACUUUUGCACACAAUACUUCGUGACAAGUUAAUCAGGGUGUCGCACAAGUUCUCAAAGCAAGGGACCCAGCAGACGCUAUUUGACGAUGCAGAGUCCCGCUGGGCGUAUGUUGGGACGUACACAGCAGCCCAUGCUAGCCUGGUGAUGGCUACACUACAUAGUGCCUGCUUCCCACCUCUUGAUAAAUUCCUCCAUGAAAAUAAGAAGAGCAAGAGGACUCAUGUGUGCUGUCUUGGGGCUGGCCCUGGCAGCGAGAUCCUUGGCCUGAGCCAGUUCUUCCCGUCAGAUACGGAGUGGCUGUUGCUGGAUAAUUGUGGGGACUGGGAGCACCUUGCCCACACCCUACUGACAGAGUCGCUUGGUGUGCCCUUCAAGUACGGGACUGUAGAUGUGUCAUGCCGGCUACCACCCAACAAGUCUCCACACAUCUCGCCCAGCACAACCUACAGAAAGGCCAAGCUCUUCAUGUUUGUCAAGUUCAUUUCUGCAGUGCAGAAUCUUCCUGGCACCUACAAGUACCUGGCUGACCUACUGCGGCGAGCAAGCCCAGGAAGCCUCUUUCUCUUCAUAGACAAUGCUCAUAUCCAGACAAAAAAGUUCAUUGAGGACCUGGUCUUUCCCAGAGGGAAAUACUACGACCAUGGGGACUUCAAAGAGAAUGAGUUUUACACACUCUAUACCACAUAUGCUGAGUUGAAAUCUGAAGGUGAUGAUGCAGUGCGGUCGUCGCUGCUGUCUGAGUGGGUAGGGUAUAUUUCAUACUGGUGUGAUAGAUGGCCAAUGCUGGAUCUCAGAGUUAAUGUCCUUCUGGCUGUCAAAAAAGGCAUUCCAAGAAGAUAAGGUAUCAAGGCUGAUGGGUAAUUUAUUUAUUAUGUUUAGCAAUACUUUACAUUGAAAUUCAGGUAACAGAAUUGUUCUGCAUACUGGGCAACCAUGCUUUUCUUCCUGCUUGGUCUCAUGUUAUUUCAAUGUGCUCAGACACAUAGCAAUUGCACAAGUAAAUCAGGUACCACAGUGAGAAAAGAAUGAAUUCGGAUAGUAAGGUAUAUACUAUACCUAUUUGAAACAGUUUUGUGUAAUGUAUUGCUAGAAAUAUUGUUCCAGAACCCUUGAGGUAAGCUUGAGGUUUAUGAAAUUUUGUCCCAAGCUUAGCCAUGACUUAGAGAUGUUCAAGGCUGUGGGAACAGGUAAAACUAAAGACUUUUUUUUCACUUUUAUUUUAGAAGUAGUGAGCUCAAGGGUGUCAUUGACUAGAGUGACUUUUUAGAGUGACAUUUUAUGGGGAAAUGGGGGCAUGGACACUCAUGAUCAAAUCUUGUCUGCCAUGUAUUUGAUCAGAUGUCUACCCUGGAUACCACAGGCUUGUGAUGGCUCUAAGCAUGCAGCACAUGCUAGUACCAAGUUUGUUGCAUCCUCAGUGACCACAAGCCGUGGUUCCCAGUUCAUCUGAGCCCUGCUGCUGGUUAAUUCUAGCUGUUAGGGACAUCCACGUAUACACCUUUCAUAAAAGGUUGUCAGUGCCAACAGCAAGUGACAAUUGCCAAAUGACAGUUCUAGGACAGAAAGGUGCUUAUGGGUGGAAAUAAUUUAGGAGAAUAAUGGUUGCAAAUGAACUUAGUGAUGCUAGAACCAAACAUUUAAUUACCUUUAAAAGAUAAUGCUUGGAUCCAUGGAACCUUUGGGUCAUAAAACUGUCAUUUGUCAAUCGCCAUGUGCUGUUUGCGCUGACAGCCUUUUUUUAAAUAGUGUAUAAUCUAUCUUUAUUCACGGAGAUGCAACAAAGUAUUAAAGGUAUGUGUGCAAAAGGAAAUGUAAAACCAAAUUGUUCAUACCCAAAGUGAUCAGUUCAGUUGUUUGGAGAAGAAAUGUUAAAUUGUUAAUUUAUUAAUUAUAUAUUUUAUCCAUGUUGAUCAUGUUAGAUUUUCCAUAUGCUGAUAUUGUAAAUUUUGUACAAAUUUAAGAGUCGGGAUUUAGUUGAUAGUUCAGGUCAUGUUUUUUUACAGUAUGAGAGUGCUGAUAUUCUGCACUUUCAUAAGCUUAUUAAUGGUUUAUUUUGCAUUUCGGUUUUGUUGGGUUAUAAAUGUGAUUAAUCACAUCUUUGGCAACUACACAGACAGUGACAGGCAACUAGACAAACAUUUUGGCACUUUAUCAAGCAAACUAUUAUACUUUUAAGAAUGUUUUUUUAUACUUGUCAACCUGAUUGGUGAUAUAUUUGUGUUUUUUUUAGUGAAAAUCCAUACCUCUUCGAUUCUAAAUUUCUAUAGCUUUUCAAACCAAAUACAAAUAAGCUCAAAUAAUGAAAAGGAUUUUCAGAUAUAAGCAUUUUGUCUUUUUUGUAACAGAACUUUCAAAAAUCAGACUUUUGUGUGAACAGAAAGUUCGUGAAAAUUGAUUAAGUUUUAUAAGGGGAAAAAAGAAAAAAAACUGUUUUGAUUAGGGCAAAAAAGAAACUCUUUAAAAGAGAUCAUUGAUAAUUUAUGGCUCUAAGCCAAAAGAUAUAACGUCUUGCUAUAUUUUGUUGCUAUCAAUAUCACCUAUUUUUACUUCCUGCUGUUUUUACCUCAUCCAGUCACAGUAGAGUUAUAACAUAUCUGAAACGUGCCAAUUGUUCAAUCUUUAAACACGAGGUUCUGCUAUCAAAGGGAAAGCUCCUCCCACCACCAGAACACUGCUACGCUAGCAGUCACAAAGUCUCGUGUAAUAUCGCUUAUCUCUCGAACCUCAGUCAGCUGGAAUAAAAAUAUUUUUGCGUAGGUAACAAUAGAGGUGAUUGAUAAAUUAGUGAUUUGCUGUCCACUGACGUUUUGGGUGCAAAUUGUAAAUUUUUGCGCUAUCCAGAAUCUAAUGUAUCUGCAUAAAAUAUUCUCAUCCUGUGAUGAAAAUGCUCGUAUUUUAGAGCAAACACAGCUUGGUCUAGCAUUAUAUUACUAUAAAUAGAAAAAAAAUUCAGUGGACAAGUCUAGGACUGUAAUUUGGUUUAGAAUAUGUAAUUUAAAUUUAGCUCAUUGACGGCUGAUUGAUAACUUAUUGUUUUUGAGCCCAGGGGUGGGAGGAGCUUUACCACCGGUACCUUGUGUUUAAGGAACUGGGGAAAUCGAGGGACUAUACUCAAGGUGAAGCAAUCAAUUUCAUACGUUUUUAAAGCAAACAAUGAAAUAUAUUUUAUUUUAUGCAUUACAUAAGUCAAAGAGCAACUGGACAUAAGCUGAAUGGCCUUCUUUGGAAGCCUAGUCCAAUUAUAUCACUUAUGCAGCCAUUCUCAAAGGUGGGGAUUUCAUUGCUGGUUGGUUAGGGCAAUGACCUUGAUAUGGUGCAAAGUAACGUUCACCUGCAAUAAUCUUUCUAUUAUUAUUAUUGUGCCUCAGCUUGCAAGAUUUGCCAACAGCCAGUGCCGCAUUAAAAGAGGCUUAUCUAUCACUGUGUUGUAAUGUGGGUGUUUUUUAGGCAUGGCCAUAGCAAGGGGUGAGGGACCGGGCGCCAGGCAAAUGACCAGUACGGACCUUCCAAUACACGUAGUUUUUUUGUAUCGUGCCACCCCUCCCUACAGCUCUUAUGGGUGUGUCAUGUGUAAUGUCUGCAUAACUUACAAUAAUAAACUAGACAAGCCUCUUCCACAGGCAUCUCCAUCGGAUAAAGAAAAGAUAAGAAAGGUUUUCCUUUUCUAGAUCUGGGCACCCUAGUAUUCAAGGGAAUACGAGACCGAUUGAGAAUGGGAAGGAAAAAAAACUCCCUUCUUUUUUCUUCUCCCUCCCCAUACAUAUUUUUUUCUAAUUAUCCACAGGAGGCCCACAAUAUUUUUUCGCUUUUCGGAUUGAGAUGGUUGUGAAGGACAAUGUUAAUUGUCAAGUACUUGAUGCCUGCGCUUGUGUACGUGAAUUCCACCUCUGUACAUAUAAUUGGAUAUUUUUAACCAUUCUUAUUUAAUAAAGCAUCCUACUCACUAA